CUAUCAACGAAAUUGAUUUACAAUAUUACCGCAUAACAGCUUCUCACCGUGACUUAAAAAAUAAUCUGUAUAAACACGAAUAUUAUUAAGCAGACGAUCAAAGCAGUCAAAACAGUGUGAUAGUUAAAUUUAGUGCGUUACCAUGGGCGCGAAGCUUCCGUUGUUGUUUCUAUCGUUUGCGCUUGGAUUGGGAUUUAUUUACUUGAAACUAACUCAUGUACCACCAUUACCCCAAGUGGAAAAUACAUGGUGGGGUCCUGGAAGUUCCAGAAAAGACGAUGUAGCUGUCAGGCCGUUUAAAAUAGAUAUCCCUGAAGAGGUCAUUGGAGAUUUGCAGAAGAGGUUAAAUAAUACCCUGCCUUUUCAAACACCACUGGAGGAUGCGAAACAACAUUAUGGUAUGAACGCUAAUCUUUUAAAUACCAUAGUGGAUUAUUGGAAAAAUAAAUACAAUUGGAAAAAACGUCAAGAGUUUCUGAACCAGUUUCCGCAAUUUAAAACUGAAAUACAGGGCCUAAAUAUUCACUUUCUUCACGUUAAACCGACAAAUGUACCAAAAGGGGUCGAUGUUCUGCCACUGCUGCUUCUACAUGGAUGGCCCGGCUCGACAAGAGAAUUUUACGAAAUUUUACCAAUUCUGACAACGCCACAGAAAGGGCGCAAUUUUGUUUUCGAAGUAGUAGCUCCCUCUUUACCUGGAUAUGGAUUCUCCGAUGGGGCAUCCAAGCAAGGACUGGGACCGUUCGGAAUAGCUAAGAUUUUCGAUAAUCUCAUGCAAAAAUUGAAAUACAAAAAAUAUUACAUUCAAGGAGGAGAUUGGGGUUCUAUUAUUUCUACAGAUAUUGCUAUUCUAUUCGCAGAUCAUGUUAUAGCUAUUCACAAAAACCUCUGUUUUGUGAACUCUCCCAUAUCCAACUUAAAGCUUUUUAUAGGAUCAUUUUUCCCCUCAUUAAUAGCAGAGGGGUACGAAAUUGAAGCAAAUUAUCCACUGUCUAAGACAUUCAGUUUUAUAUUGUUGGAAACUGGCUAUAUGCAUCUACAGUCAACCAAACCUGACACUGUUGGAGUAGCUCUCAGAGACAGUCCUGCCGGUUUAGCUGCUUACAUAAUCGAAAAAUUUACCACUUGGACUAAUCCAGAGUGGAAAGACUUGGAUGAUGGUGGACUGACAAGAAAAUUUACACUGGAUAAACUAUUGGACAACGUUAUGAUAUACUGGGUGACCAGGUCAAUCACCACCUCAAUGAGACUCUAUUCGGAGAAUUUUAAUAAAGCACGGCAUGCUUUAGGAAUUGAUCGUAUCCCUAUUACAAUUCCUUCUGGCUGUAGUCGAUUCAAAAACGAAAUUGCCUAUCUUCCGAAGAGCAUUUUAAAAGAGAGAUACAAAAAUCUGGUCCACGUGUCCGACCACGAAGAUGGCGGACAUUUUGCUGCGUUUGAACUACCAGAUGUCCUGGCGAAAGAUGUGUACGAUUUUGUUGAAAUCGUUAGAAAAUCGGCAAAGAAAAAUCCAGAACUUUAGAAGAAUCAAUAGAAAUCUAGAGAGACAAGUUAUUUGAAUACGUUGAUAAUUAUAAUUGUUGGAUGAACUAUUUUUUCUACUUUUAUAGAGAACUGAAUAAAGAUAGUACAAAAUAAUUCUCUA